CUUGCAAGGGGCCCAAGGAUGGCUGGAAAAUAAGUAACAAUUUGGCAACACAAUUAGCUGACCCAAAAUUCGACCAGGCAGGUCCAGUGGAAUUAUUAAUAGGUGCUGGUAUAUUUUUUGAUAUACUGACCCCUGAAAGAAUUCCAUUAAACGUUGGAAACAUAUCCUUACAAGGCACUAAACUUGGGUAUGUCGUUACUGGUGAAAUCGGUAUGACUUGUCUUUUAGGAAUUAGCAGGUCUCUGGAAGAAAACUGGGAGGCGAUUCAACCGAAGGAAGAACAGCUAUUUGGCCGCUAUUCAAAAUUAAACCUUCGAUGUGCAGAGGAACAAGAAGUUGUUGAUCACUUUAUGAAGACAUUUACCCGAAAUUCUGAUGGUCGAUUUGUAUUACGAUUGCCCACAAAUUCAAAGGUUGAUGAGUUAGGAGAUAGCCUGAAUAUGGCAACUUGUCGUUUCAUGAACGUCGAGAGAAGGCUUCAACGUGACAAUCAACUACGUGUGGAGUAUAUCAAAUUUAUGACCGAAUACUUAGAAAUGGGUCAUAUGGAAGAGAUCAAGGACGAUGUAACAACCAUGCCAAUAUUUUAUUUACCACAUCAUGCCGUUAUAAAAUCAUCAAGUUUAACCACGAAGGUCAGAGUCGUGUUUGACGCGUCCGCAAAGGGAUCAAAUAGUAUUGCAUUGAAUGAUGUGCUUAUGCGCGGACCAAGUAUACAAGAAGAUUUAUUUUCUAUUUUGAGUCGGUUCCGCAAACAUCAAAUUGUUAUAACUGCUGAUAUUGAAAAGAUGUUUAGACAGGUAGAAGUAGCCAAAGAAGAUCGAGAUCUACAACGGAUAGUUUGGAGAAAGCAUCCCAGCGAAGUUUUGCGUAAGUAUCGAUUGAACACAGUAACUUAUGGCACCACUCCAGCUUCUUUCAUGACAACAAAAUGUUUAGACGAACUAGCAAGGGAAAAUGAAGUACUAUUCCCAAAUGCAUCCAAGACGAUAAGACGAGAUUUCUAUAUGGAUGAUAUUAUGACUGGUAGUGAUUCAGAAGAAGAAUGUUUAAAAUUACAGCAAGAUGUUACGAAUAUACUCAACUCAGCCAAACUUCCAUUACGCAAAUGGUGCUCGAACUCAGGAUCAAUAUUAGAAAAAAUUGAAAAAGUCAAAAACGACCCAUUAUUUGUAUUGAAUCUAGGAGACGACGAAACCAUAAAGUCUUUAGGAUUAAGUUGGAAACCAUAUGUAGAUGAGUUCCGCUUUUAUGUCGCCAGAUCAAUGGAUGUGGACAAAAUGACUAAAAGAACAUUACUUUCAGAUCUCAAUAAAGUUUUUGACCCUCUCGGAUUUCUCGCUCCAGUUCUAAUCAAGGGAAAAAUAUUCCUUCAACAACUGUGGCAGCUUAAAAUAGACUGGGAUACGCCACUUAAAGACAACAUUAAGCAAAGGUGGCAACAGUACUAUAGUCAAAUCGAAAAUCUGAAAGAAUUAUCAAUCCCUAGAAAGGCCAAACCUGGUGCUGGUGAUAUGUUUGAGCUACAUGGCUUUUGCGAUGCUUCAGUUGAGGCUUAUGGUGCUUGCGUGUAUGUGCGGUAUCAGAAUCAGGAUGGUCAAUGGCAGGCAAGUCUCCUAUGUUCAAAAACAAGGGUAGCCCCUUUAAGAAGCGUCACUAUUCCACGACUAGAAUUAAACGGAGCUCUCUUACUCGCUCAAUUGUCAAGCAAGGUAGCACAGUCCUGGGGAACAGAUGUAAAGAAUUUUAAACUUUGGUCUGACUCUAUGGUGGUACUUGGCUGGUUAAAUAGUCAAACUAGUAGACUUAAAACGUAUGUUUCCAAUAGGGUGGAGCAAAUUUUGGAGAUUACAGAUGCAUUUCAGUGGCAUUAUACCAACACUAACGAUAAUCAAGCAGACAUAAUAUCCCGUGGAAUUGACGCGCAGGAGCUGUCACAAAGCAUGGUGUGGUGGAAUGGACCAUCUUAUCUUUCCUUACCGGAAAUUCAAUGGCCAAUACCAAUAAACAAAUUAACUCCAUACGAUGAACUUCCAGAACAACGGCCAAUCAAGCUGGUGCUAGUCUCAAUCGAGAAGUCAAAGGAUAUUAUCAACGCUUAUUCAACGUGGCGAUCGCUUGUCCGUGCUGUUGCUUGGCUGUCACGGUUUUUUAAUUAUCUUAAAAAUAAGAGGUCUACUCAAUCACGAGGAUAUUUGACUCUAAAGGAGAUAAAAUUAGCUGAGGUUAUAUUGCUAAAAAGGGCUCAAAACGAUGUUUUUAACAGUGAAGUAAAACUGUUAUCCAACGGAAGAGAUAUUGAAAGAAACAGUACACUAAAAACACUUUGUCCAUUUCUGAAAGAUGGAUUAAUAUUAGUCGGAGGUCGUCUACAGAAUUCUAAUUUGACAAGGGAACAAAAACAUCCAGUAGUGCUACCAUUUGAUCAUAAAGUUACCAGAUUAAUCUUUCAAGAGCAUCAUGUUAAAAUGCUUCACUGUGGUCCGCAACUCCUUCUCUCAGAAAUUCGUAAUUUAUACUGGCCAUUAAAGGGUAGAUUAGUAGCCCGCUCAACGAUAUUUCACUGUGUUCAAUGCACCCGUUCAAAACCAAGAUUUAAUAUCCCUUUAAUGGCACCGCUGCCCCAACAAAGAGUACAGUGUUCACGACCAUUUACCAUCACUGGCGUAGAUUUUGCUGGACCAUUAACCAUACGAAGUGGCGUUCGGGGAAGAGUAAACAGGAAGGCUUGGGUAUCACUUUUCAUAUGUUUUUCUACUAAGGCUAUACACAUUGAAGUAGUAGAAGAUUUAACAAGUAACUCAUUUAUUGCAACACUAAGGAGAUUCAUGGCUCGUAGGGGAAAACCAGUUGAAAUAUGGAGUGAUAAUGCGACAAACUUCGUAGGUGCCCAAAGAGAGUUAGCGAAUUAUCUACAAAAUAUUGAAGGCUGCUCAGUUGAUGAAGGCAUUACAUGGCAUUUUAAUCCACCCUCGGCACCUCACUUUGGAGGACUGUGGGAGAGUGCAGUAAAAAGUGCCAAAUAUCACCUCACUCGUGUACUAAAGGAUGCUAAACUCAAACUCAUAGAGCUGCAAACACUAUUGUGCCAAGUCGAAGCAUGUCUCAAUUCAAGACCCCUUACCCCCAUGAGCAACGAUCCGAAUGACCUGCAAGCACUAACUCCAGCACAUUUCUUGAUAGGGAGACCUAUGCUUAGAUACCCGGAACCAGAUUUAUCACAAGAAGAACCAAAUGGAUUACGACGAUGGAGGUUCGUGCAAUUUCUCAUGCAAGAUUUUUGGCAAAGGUGGCAUAAAGAGUAUCUUCCACAGCUACAAACUAGAGGAAAAUGGACAUCAGGAGCAGCACCAUUAAAAAUAAAUGAUAUUGUGAUAGUAAAAGAAGAUAACCUACCACCAGCAAAGUGGAAACUGGCACGUAUUAUAACUGUACACCCAGGAAGUGAUGGAAGAAUCCGCGUAGUCACCAUCCGUUUAGCAAAUGGUAAUGAAAUAAAGCGCCCUACUGUGAAACUAUGUCGUCUGCCAGUUGAAGAAGAAUCUGAAGGUCCUUGA